AUGAGCACCAAGGACGUGUACAUGGUGAUUGGCGGGAGCGGCUUUCUAGGCCGACACAUCGUCAAGACGCUACUCGGGCGAGGUGAAAGCGUCAGCGUUUUCGACAUCGUCCAGCAGUAUGACGAUACCCCCUUCUACUCCGGCGACAUCAGCAACAAGGACCAAGUCUCCGCCGCACUCGCGACUAGCGGCGCGACAUGCAUCUUCCACACUGCCUCGCCUCAUCAAGGCGCGAAGGGACCGGUGCUGUUCAAGGUCAACGUCCAAGGAACCAAUGCCGUCAUUGCUGCAGCUGUGGCCAACAAUGUUCGCAAGCUGGUGUAUACGAGUUCAGCAGGUGUGCCGUUCGAUGGCCACGACAUCAUCGAUGGAGACGAACGUCUGCCGUACCCCGCAAAGCCAAUCGACCCGUACACGGAUUCGAAGGCCCAAGCGGAGCAGAUCGUUCUCGAGGCGAACGGGAAGGGCGGUCUUCUGACCGUCGCUAUCCGCCCCGCGGGUAUAUUUGGUCCUGGUGACAAGCAGAUGCUCGUCGGCACGAUAAAGGCCCUUAGAGAAGGCAAAUCUCACGUACAGAUCGGCUCCAACACCAACCUCUUCGACAUGACAUACGUGGACAAUAUGGUCCACGCCCAUAUCUUGGCUGCUGAAAAGCUUUCUCCUCCGGAGCCGUACGAUAUCGACAAGGUGCGCGCGCAGCUCACCCGCCCACUGGGCUUCGUCGAUGCUUCAACCCCCCGUCGUCGCAUCCCGACAUCCGCCGCCCGUCCUCUCGGCCCAUAUGUCGAGCGUCCGCCGAAUGCCGACGCCCUUGAGGCCGCAUGGAGGGCCCCGCCACCGCCGCGUCGCGCACCGGAGCGUGCGCGAUUCGAUCCUCUGAGUGACGCCGCGCUCGCCCGUGCUGACAAGAACCCUUUGCAAGUGGCCGGAAGCGUGUUCUUCAUCUCCAACGGUGAACCCGUCUACUUCUGGGACCUCAUGCGGGCAAUCUGGCGCGCCGCAGACCCGGAGCACUACCCUUCUCGGAAGGUUGUUGUCAUCCCUCGUUCGUUAGGCGUGGUACUCGCCAGCGUCACCGAAGGGAUCGCCUGGAUCACUGGGCGGGACCCGCUGUUCACGAGAUUUCGCGUUGCGAUAGUCAGCGCGCAUCGGUGGCACAAUAUCGAGAGGGCCAGGAGGGCGCUGGGGUACGAGCCCAUCGUAGGCUUAGACGAAGGCAUCAGGAGGUCUAUGGAGUGGUGGCAUGCAGAGGAAGCUAAGGCCGCGUCUCGGGCCGCUUGA